AUUCAGCAUUAAGAACAUCAAAUUAACAUAAUCAAAUGGUGUAUCAAAUUAAGUUAGUUUUGUACAGAGAUGAUUUAAUAUUUGCUUAUUUUCAUGAAAAUGUCAAUCAUAGUGUGAUGCUUUCUACUAUUAAUAUCAACUGUAGGAAUGAUAUCCCACAUGUUCAAAUUGUAUAUUGCCGUAGUGAUUUUAUGCACGUUAAGCAUAAUCAAAAUUGGAUCAGUCACAUUUAGAGUACCAAUUCAGUUUGACGAUACAGGACAAAUGUAUGUUAACCUGGACGGAGUGGAUAUUUCACUCAACUCUAAUCGUAUAUUGAAGAUGAAGAACAGACAUUGUACUACAACAAUUUCGUUAGCAUCACCAAGUGAAGUAGAAAUAGCAAAUCGAAAUGGACAUCGUGAAGGUACUUACCUAUGUAGACCAGUGCAAUCAUCGCAAUCUCAGGAGGUAGUUAACGAAGACUGAAUAAGUACAACACGAAUGUAGAAAUCAUUUAUUUUAUGCAACGGAAAAGUUGGCUCUUGAUUAUCUCAUCUUCAAAUGUGCUUGAUGUUUUGUUAUACUCAUUAGAAUAAAUUAUAAUUCCCAGC